UUAUUGUGAAGUUAUUGUGAGGUUAUUGUGGAGUGCGUUUCGGGUUAUUCUGACGGGUGACAAGUGAGAUGCGUAUAAAAGCCGAGCACCAGCUCCCAACGCCGAUCAGAGGCACUGACGCGCCGUUCCUUCACAGCAGCAGAGAUGUCCACUAACCUCGUGACCCCGGCGGUGGCGGCGUUGGCGGUGGUGUUCAUGGCGAGCGUCGUGGCGGCGACGUCCGUCGACGACUGGAAGCUCCUGGACACGACGCUGCCGGCGAACCAGGAGGUCAUCGUGAACGUUCACAACGAGCUGCGGCGCAACGUGGCGCCGACUGCCAGCAACAUGCUCAAGAUGGCGUACAACGAGCAGGCGGCGGGGAACAGCCGCCUGUCGGCGGCGGCCUGCAGCUCCACCCACAGCGCCAGGAGCGCGCGCACCUGGAAGACGCCACAAGCAGAUGAUCUUACAAUGCACGAACCCGGCUCCUCCUCCUCCUCAGAGUGGGACUGCGGAGAGAACAUCUUCAUGUCCAGCAACCCACGGUCAUGGGACGAGGUGGUGCACAGCUGGUACGACGAGGUGACCUCCCCCGGCUUCCAGUACGGCAAGGGGGCUACGGGGCCAGGUGCCGUGGGACACUACACUCAGGUGGUGUGGUACAAGUCCCACCAGGUGGGUUGCGCCGUGAACUACUGCCCCAACCACCCCGGCGACUUGAAGUACUUCUACGUGUGUCAAUACUGCCCAACAGGAAACCUGGACACCAGGAUCAACAAACCCUACGACCUGGGGACUCCGUGCCAGGCCUGCCCCCAUAGCUGCGACAACAACCUGUGCACCAACCCGUGCCCCUACGCGGACAAGUACAACAACUGCCGGGAGCUGUUCAACACCUACGGCUGCGGGAACAACAGCGGGGGAACCUUCGUGCAGGCCAACUGCCCGGCCACGUGCAAGUGCAGGACGGAGGUGCAGUGAUGGAACCUCGUCGCCCCUCGCUCCACCCCCACCCCCCUCGCUCCCCCCCACCCUCUCGCUCCCCCCCACCCUCUCGC